AUGCCAUAUACAGAUCGUAACAUUAAUUCUAAUGAUAUUCUGAUAAGAAAAGUAUUAGAAGGUGUUGAACAUAUUUAUCGAACUAAAGAAAUGCAACCUAUAUCAUAUAUGGACCUUUAUAAUUUGGUUUAUAAUUAUUGUCAAAAUACAAAUACUCAAUCACAAAGCUUUCGAUCAGAAAUAUCUAGAAGACGUACUCAAACUAAUCGACCAUAUGAUCCACAUGAUAUAAACAAUCUUGUUGAUGAAGAAUUAUACAUCAAAUUGAAAGAUUAUUUAAAAACUUAUUUGGAAGAAAUUUUUAAAAUGGCGAUGAAAAUUUGGAAACUUGUUUUCUUUCAACCAUUACAAAGUCAAGUAACAUUAACAUGUCUUCAAUUAAUCAAUGCCGAACGUCAAAAUGAAACGAUUAAUGGUCGAUUUAUACGUGCAGCUGUACAAAGUUAUGUCGAACUUGGCUUCUGUGAAGAUUUAUCUGGACCAUAUUGUAUUGGUGAAAUAACAUCUUCAAGAUUGAAAAUUUAUAAAGAUUACUUUGAAGUACCAUUUCUUCAAUAUACAGACGAAUUUUAUCGAUGA